UAGAAGUUCAGAUAACUGUGAGAUACCUAACCAGCUACUUACUGGCAUGUCACUUACAACCGUCGCCGGGGACUUCAUCUUCCUCCUCCUCUUAUUCUCCUCCGGAGCCGUGGGUUUAGGCUUUUCCUUGGAAGAUGAGAAAGCCCAGAUUGAGCGCUUCCAGCAAUACCUCCGUAUUCAAACCGCCCACCCGAACCCCGACUACGCCGGGGCGGUCUCCUUCCUCUCCAGCCAGGCUCGCUCCAUUGGCCUCAAAAUCUUUACCUUAGAGUUGGCGCCAGGAAAACCCCUCCUCCUUCUCUCCUGGACCGGCUCAGAUCCCUCCCUCCCUUCCAUCCUCCUCAAUUCCCACCUGGACUCCGUCCCCGCCGACCCCUUGCACUGGAUUCAACCUCCCUUCUCCGCCUACCGCGACUCCGAUGGCCGUAUAUUUGCUCGCGGCGCCCAGGAUGACAAAUCCAUUGCAAUCCAGUACAUCGAGGCUCUCCGCAACCUCAAAGGUCGCGGGUUUUCUCCUCUUCGGUCCAUCCACGUUUCCCUCGUACCCGAUGAGGAGAUCGGCGGCGCGGAUGGGAACGAAAAGUUUGUUGCUUCCCAGGAGUUCAGGAUGCUUAACGUAGGCUUCGUGCUUGACGAGGGUCAGGCCUCGCCUACGGAUGAGUUCAGGGUCUUCUAUGCCGAUCGCUUGCCAUGGUCGCUGAUCGUCAACGCUGUCGGCGCGCCGGGUCAUGGAUCGAAGAUGUAUGAUGGCUCUGCAGCGGAAAAUCUGAUGGAAUGCGUGGAGGCUAUUGUUCGAUUCAGGGACAGCCA